UGCCUUCAUCUACACCUCCACAAAAUCAUAGAUGUACGCUUCAGUAAUAGAAUAGACUUGAUUCCAAUGUAAACACACCACAUAUAUUCAGGCGUAAGAUAAUACAGGCUAAGAAAAACCCAGGAUGUGGGAGAAGCUGGUGAACUGCAUCAAGGGUGGCGCCGGCUUCAGCCAAAAGCAGGGCUGCCAAGCGGUCCAAAUGGCGGAUUUGAUGAAGCAGGUGCCCCCGAAUCAGCUAAAGCAGUUUAAAAUAUUUGCCAAGAAGCACGAGGAGUACAAGGAACGCGUUCGCAAGUAUCCUGAAUCCUUGCCGGCCAUCGAUUGGGAAUACUAUCGCCAGAAUGUGCGCCCAGAAUUCGUGAGCUGGGUUAAAACGUACGAGUCCAAGUAUGACAAACUACAUUCCCUAUUUGAAAAUCGACAUACGCUUGUGGAUCACAAGCGUUAUUUCCAAUUGGUAGACAAGGAAUCGAAGGAGGUUCAAAAGGAGAUUAGGGACUUUAAGGAUGCAUCGAAUAAAAGAAUAGAGAAGCUUACCGAGCAGCUAGAAUUUCUCAAGUCCCUCAAACCCUACGAGGAGAUGACAAUGGAGGAGUUCUGCUAUGCUUCCCCACACCUGGCGCCCGAUUUUAUAAACAAACCCACAUUUUGGCCCCACACACCGGAGGAGCAGAUGCCAGGUCCCUCGGAUCCCGAAGCAGCUGCUGCUCUCCACGAAGAAGAGCAUGAGCCACCUGAGCCACCAAAGAAGGCAUCACCGCCGGAAGCUGAGUCAGCUCCAGAGAAACCAGCAGCUGUGGCAGCUCCAGAGAAACCGGCAGCUGUGGCAGCUCCGGAAAAACCACCUGACGAUACCAAGGAAAUUGUAGAGGCCAAAGGCUCUGAGAUCGCCGAAAAAGCCACUAAAUUGGCCAAAGAUUUAUUAGAAAAAGCCACUGUUUUGCUUUACACUUUGAAAGAGAAAAUGUCUGCUAUGGCCAAGGAUGUUCAGAAGAAAGCCGAGGCCGCCAAGGCAGCCCGUAAAGAAGCUGCAGGCAAAACCUCAGAUACAGACUCAACUUCUUCAGAUCCCUCGGAUCAAAAAAUGCUCGAUAGCUUUUCGGAGCGGGAUUCCAAGCCCAAUAUCUGCAAUCAGACAAUUAUUCGUUCCGAAGAGGAGGCACGGAAUCCGGAGGUUAAAGCUCGCCACGCUGACCUAACCAUCGAGGCAGAACCUUGCGAGUCAGAGGAAGAGAGGAUUCGUCAAAAGACCAGAGAUCUGGAACGUCGCCGUCAAAAGGAGGAGCAAAGAGAGAGGGAUGGAAUUAGCCAGGAGGUCCCUGAUCCUUGUAAACCCAAGGAGGAAGAACCAGUUUGCGAGGCUCAGUCAGAUCUUUGUGAAUCUAAAGAAGAACCCAUCUGCGAGACUCUGCAGGAUCCUUGGAAGCCCAAGGAAGAACCCGUCUGCGAAGCUCAGCCAGAUCCUUGUGAGUCCAACGAGCCAGACAUCUGCCAGGAUCAACCAGAUCCUUGUAAGGAAGAAGAACCAGAGUGCAAGUCUGAGCCAGAUCCUUGUAAGCCCAAAGAAGUCGAACCCAAACAGACUGAACAGGACUACAUUUCCCCAUCGAAAUGCAGCGAGGAUGACCACAAAAAGGAUAAGAAAAAACAGCCAACAAAACCCGGAGACAAGCCCAAGGAAAGUGCCUCGCUGACCGAGAAGAUUGAGGGCAUGUACCAGAAAUUGAUAAUGGGGCAGGUUGCUAAAUUCAAGGAUCCAAUGGGUGAUGAAAAGGCCACUAUAAGCGGUGCUGUCGAAGUGGGUCCUGUUUAUAAGGAUCCCAAUCAGAUUGUACAAUUGCUGGCCGAAAAAAAGGAAGCCAAGGAAGCCGAGGCUAAGGAGGCAGCUCGCAUCGAGGAAGCCGUCAAGCCUGCAGAUGUCAAACCCAUUACCAUUUAUCCCAAGCGCGAAAUAUCGGCCAAACCAAAGACCCAAGUUCCGGAAAAAACCAAAAAGUCGUCCGAGGAGUUGGCUAAAGAUGUGCAUAGCAUGGCUCAGGGUGCUGCUUCUCUGCUAUCGGAUGCCUCCAACAUUCUAAGUGAUUUGAAGAAAAAUAAGGAGGUGCGCAUUGAAGUCCUGGAACAGGCCUAUAUCUCCGCCCAGAAACAGGCUCUCAGUGGUCUGGCCGAGGCCUCGAAGGCUGUCAACGCUGCCAACAAGUUGGCCAAGAGAUCACGCGAGGCACCGGGUGAAGUCAGUAGCCAGGAUUUGGCAAUGGCCGAGAAGCAUGCUGCUGUGGCCAAAAAUCUGGCCAAUCAUGCUGUUGCCUUAAAGGAUGAAAUUGCCCGGGUUCUCAAGGAUCUGAAGAAGAAAGCCUAACAUCUCUCUCGUUAUAUACAUAUAGUAUGUAUUUUUCCAACGUUUUUGUACCACAGUUUGUUCUAUGUUGUUCGUAUUAAAUUUUUAGUUGCAUU